UGGGCCGUAGCGUGCGUGGGGUGCGGGACAGCAGUCCCGGUUGUGUCUUAUUUUCCUGAGAUUUCACUUAUUGGACUGGCUGUUGGGGCCUGUAACUCGGAGGGUACUUUAUUAGAGAGUCACUACGACUGGGAAUGAUGUCUGUGCAGCGUUUGAAUGUGGCGAGAGCGAAAGUGUGUCCGAGUGUGCCAAUAACUGUGGCAAUUUCUGAUGCCGAACUCUGACGUGACGAAUAUACCGAACGGCCGACAGCAAACCGCAGCGACAUCAGGUGGAUACGAGCCGAACAGUCUGGCAUAGUAAGAUAAACAGAAAGAAGGCGUUGAAAGAGAAGCUGCCAACCGCUGAGGAAUGCUAGUAAAAAUAAAUAACAGACGCAACGUCAGCCACACGUUGCGAGUAGAUUGCCUCUCGUCGUGUCGUGCGAGCAGCAUCGGAGCGAAGCGGCAGCACGCAUGUCUCCUGAAUUGCAGGAGUCAUGUAUAGGCAUUUGUCAGUGGACCAGUGUCUCUGUGUGCCAAUGACACAAACACAUUCGAUGGGAGAGCUUUGCUCGUGCUGUAUCACAGCAUCCACCACCCACUCCUUGGAGAGACGAUGGUGUCACUGUUGUUGUCUCGCUUACACCGUUUGCUGAUGUGGAUCUGCUCGCUGUUCAGCAUCAAUGAAAUGCAGAUUGUCCUUUCGCUUUCCUGCAUUCAGCUGGACCAGCGUACUCCGAGUAUCAAAAGCGUGAGCGCCGAGCUGAGCUGAGCGAUGUGGUGGAAUGAAUUUUAUGAUGCGAGUCUAUAUUGGUUCACCUUUUAUUGGGAAACUGUGGCAGUAUAACGCGAGCCCUUGGCUGUGAAACGAUUUGGAAUCCACGAAAAGCAAAAAAUAAAAAAAAGAAACCUGGCGAACUCCGUGCUAACGACAGCAUGUAACUUGAAAAAAACGCGGAUUUGAAACGGAUAUUGAAACAUGAAAAUGAAGAAAUCUUCUCUAAAAUCUACGAAUUGUUAACCAAAUUCCAAAUACAACACAACAGCACUGCAAUCGAACAAUCUCCGCAAUCGUAGCAUACAGAUAAGAGUUGGGCUGUUUAGACUUCCCCCAAGUAACAGCCGGGGGGGGACGUGUAAAUAUUUCGCUAAUUAAAAAAAAAAACAAAAAUAAUAAAAUACAAUAAAGUACUAAAUUAAACCACAUUAAAGUUGAAACGAAUUAAACGCAUGCUAAAAAUUCUUAACCAAAAACAAUAAUUUAAUCAAGACACUUUAAAUUUCCAUGAAAAAAGAAAAAUACUCCAAAAUAAUAAAUUGAAGUCCCGACAUGAACAAGAAUUAAAAAUAAAAAAAAAAAACAAAGCAAAGCAAACAAAUGUGAUGUUAAACUAAUAAAAACAACAGCAACAACCAAAUAAAAUACCUUGAAAUUUAAUGAAGAUCAUUUAAUUAAAAAUUAUAAACUUCCCACCCAGAGAAGAAAAACAAAACAGAAAACAAACCCAAAUAAAAACCCCAAAAAAAGGCACACCACGACAAACCGUAGACAUUUAAUUAAGUAAAUUUAGUAGAGUUUGCGGCACUCGGCGGCAAACAAAACAUCCGACAGCUAACAGCUUACAGCUGAACAGUAAUUAAUUAAUUAGCUACCCAAUAAAACGGAGAACGGAAAGUGGAAGCACAACUCCCCCACAGAACGCUGGUGUAGCGCGAACCCACAGACCAACAUCCGAGUGCAGACCAGACCAGCCCAGCCCAGCCCAACCAAGCCCCGGCCUCAGUUACAAAGUCCUGGCAAGAAGUUCACUAAACUCAUGGCAACACAUACAAGCAUACACACACACAUCCACAAACACACAGACCACAGAUGGCAUUGAGCGUAAAGUAGCUAGUAGAGGAUGCAUUUGUACAUGUGUAGUUGUAAUUUAGGAUUAAAGACAAACAACAAAAACACUUGUUAAAUUAAUAUUAAUAAUAAAAAAAAACAAAAACAAGAAACAUACUAAAGUCGCAAGAGGAGCUGUAGACGAAGUUGUUGGAAGCUAGUUUCAUUUUGUUAACUGUUACAGAGACUAGCUCGCACCCACAAACAUACACACACACUCAUACACACGCAUGUACGCACGCACACAACCCUCCUUCUCAACCAAGCAAUCAACCAAAGCACCGGCUGUCCGAAUCUGUCGCACCGAAAGCGAAUAGAAAACAGGACGGAACGACAGAACCAGAACAAUAGCUGUGAUUUACCUCCAAUGGUGUUGGGGCCUCGUCGUCUCCCGCUUCCCCAGCAAUAGCGACACGAUAGACAGGUGUAUGAAUUAUGCCCCAGCAGGAGCGGCGACAGAACCUCUUGAUUCGUGUGGUGCCGACAAAUGCGGAUUUGCGAGCAGAGCAGGCAACACGCUUUCUACGAGACUGGUAGUGAACGCGCCGAAAAUUGGCGAACGUGAUUGGCCAGCGGUACAGAGAGACCCGUGGUCGUUAGUGACGCUGCUGUCGAAGACACCGGUGAGGAGGAAUUUGUUGGGGCCAGGGGCGUGACCAGAACUAGUUAAAGAUUUAUUCGCGUCAGUCUUCUCCACCGCCACCGCACAGAUUGCAAUGCUCUGGUAGCCAAGAUAGUUUUGCCGUGGAUCACUACUGCGAUUCACAUCAUACGAAUAGCCUUCGGGGAGCGGCGGCUUCGGCGGCAGGAAUUGGCGGCGGCGGUGGCAGUGGCUGUGUACAAUGGUCGUCCACACAAGGUGCUGGGGGACAAAGUUGUGUAGGUGGCAGCGCAGGCGGCGGAGGUGGAGUGGGUCUGGGCAAUUGCUCGGCAAUUGGAUCCUCGGCGGGCACCAUGUGUCCACACGGCAAUGCAAUGCAUCCCUCAUUAACACAAUCGAUGAUGUCGUCCGGUGGCGGCAGUGGCAGUCACGCCCACACUCAUAGCCACGCCCACAACAACGGCAGUCUGCUGGGUUCGCAUAUCUCCCUCAGCGGCAUAGCCAUGGGCGGCCGCUCCAUGGACGAUGUUAUGCCACCGCCGCCCUCAGUAUUGGGUGGCGGCCACUGUCGCAGCAUGACCGGUCUUAAUAACCUUAGCCUAGGGCUUCCAGCGGCACCAGUGCCUCCGCCUCCUACAUUUAACCCGUGUAGUUCAAAUAGCAUAAGUAGCAUGUCAAUACAGGGACCCUCAUCGUCUCGUUGGGGUCCACGCACUUCAUGUCCAGUCCACAGUCCAUUUCGUGUGCGGGUGCCCAACGGCUCCAUUUGUUCCGGCCAUCAGGCCUUGUUACAUACUCAUGACGUUGUGGCCCGAGAUGUUUACGGCGAGGAGGCUUUGCGUGUGACACCUCCCCCCAUGCCACUCUACUGUAAUGGCGAGGAUAUCGAUAACACCGACGCUGGGGAGUUGCAACAUGUGACACGAGUACGAUUGGUACAGUUCCAAAAAAAUACUGAUGAGCCCAUGGGUAUCACGUUGAAAAUGACAGAAGACGGCCGCUGUCUGGUGGCGCGUAUCAUGCACGGCGGCAUGAUACAUCGACAAGCAACCCUGCACGUCGGCGAUGAGAUCCGUGAAAUCAAUGGGCAGUCAGUGCAGAACCAAUCCGUGGGGCAAUUGCAACGAAUGUUGCGUGAGGCACGUGGUUCUGUUACCUUUAAAAUAGUUCCUUCUUAUAGAAGUGCUCCUCCACCAUGCGAGCUUUUCAGGAUAAGACCAGCUCCGGUUCUAAUUUUCGUAAGAGCACAAUUCGACUAUAACCCAUUGGAUGAUGAGCUGAUACCGUGUGCACAAGCAGGAAUAGCCUUUCAAGUGGGCGAUAUUUUGCAAAUCAUUAGCAAGGACGAUCAGCAUUGGUGGCAGGCUCGAAUCGAUGCUGUCGGAGGCUCGGCUGGCCUUAUACCUUCACCAGAAUUACAAGAAUGGCGUAUACGUUGUCAAACUGUAGAUAAGACUAAAAAUGAACAAGGAGAUCCGGGAGCUGGAUGUUCCGCCCACACAGCAGAAGGAUGUGAUGGAUCCGCAGUGAACUGCUCCAUAUUCGGGCGUAAAAAGAAGCAGUGCCGAGAUAAAUAUUUGGCGAAACACAGUGGCAUAUUCGAUAAUUUGGAACUUGUAACGUACGAGGAGGUUGUAAAAGUGCCGGUUGGCGAUCCGAACUUUCAACGCAAGACAUUAGUUUUACUGGGUGCUCAUGGUGUGGGUCGCCGUCAUAUCAAAAAUACUUUAAUAUCCAAAUAUCCCGAUAAAUAUGCUUAUCCAAUACCACAUACUACUAGACCUCCCAAGCCCGAUGAAGAGAACGGCCGAAGCUAUUACUUUGUCUCGCACGACGAAAUGAUGGCGGACAUCGCUGCGAAUGAAUACUUGGAAUAUGGCACUCAUGAGGAUGCGAUGUAUGGCACAAAGUUGGAUACAAUUCGACGCAUCCACACGGAAGGUAAAAUGGCGAUACUUGAUGUCGAACCUCAGGCUUUGAAGAUUUUACGCACAGCCGAAUUCACACCAUAUGUAGUGUUCAUAGCUGCACCAUCACUGCAGAACAUUGCUGAUUACGAUGGCAGUUUGGAACGUCUGGCUAAGGAAUCAGAUAUGUUACGUCAAAUGUAUGGACAUUUCUUUGAUUUAACCAUCGUCAACAACGAUAUCAGUGAAACUAUAGCAUGCCUGGAGAGUGCCAUAGAACGUGUACAGACAACUUCACAGUGGAUACCAGUUUCGUGGAUGUACUGACAAGACAGUGAGCUGGAAUGCCCUGAUUGUUUGGAGGGCUGUGAUUGUGAAUGGGAGGCCUACACUAAUGGCCAGGAUGCAACAGAAAAAUGGCAGAACUUUUAAGAACGGCACGGAGGUAUCAAAUUAACCAGAUAGCCAAGCUAAACUACGACUCUUGCGUAACAAGAACAACACACCUAUAUAAAUAAUCACUAAAAGAAAAGCAACCAGAGGAACAACAAACACUUGUACUAAUUUAAAAGGACAACAACAGCACAUACUUUUAAAUUACUUUAGUUAAACAAUUAAAAAGAAAACGAUUGGCAAAUAAAAAGAAUCGCCGAUAACAAAUUGCACAAAACAAAUGAAUAAAAAGUAGGAACCAAACAACGCCACUCAAUUAAAAAAUCCCAAACAACACACACACACACACAUCUUAGGAAUGAAGCAAAUAUAAGAGAACUAUCAGCAAUUUUCUAUGAAGUAUACAAAAUGCAUUAGAUUUAAGGGGUUUCCAUUUCCAUCAAGCUUACAUACCAAAUAUUUAUGUACUAAAAAAAAUUCAACACUCUUUCGUUAACAUUCCAAUACAUUAUGUCGGCGGCAGACUCAAGCACCUUUAUGAGCAUAUUGCCAUUUGAGAAUUGAAUACAUUUUUGACUGUUUACAUUUCUAUAUAUAGUUAAAAGAAAAUAUAUAGACAACGAAAAUCUCAAGGGUCCCAAGAGAAUAAGAUUUUGUUGAGUUCUAUAACAAAGUUGGCCAGUUGCAUCCACUUUUGUUGCAAAACACAUUGCUUUAUUUCUAUAUGGAGGAAAAAUUUAAUGUUCAAUUGUUAGUAUAAUUUGUGGGAGGUUUGUUUGCGAUUUCCUCUUUUUUUAGUUUUUUUUUUUUAUUGAUAUUGUAAUAUGGAUGAUAUUACGUAUUCUACUGAAUUUACUUCAAAAAUACAUUUUAAGUAGCAGAAAAAUAAUUAAUUUAUUUAAUUUUUUAGGGGUAUUCUCACCAGGAGUUUUUUUAUAGAUUUCGGCUAAACACUUUGUGUAUAUCUAAGUUAGAUUGACAUGCUCUUGGUGGAACCAUAUUCUUUCCUGUUUUACCGCUUGGCAAACAGUGUCUUUUAUAUCCAUUUCGAAAUAAACGUUGUGUGAUAUGAACAACAAUGGAUUAGAGAAAAUGUUGGACCUCCCUAAUUUUUCUUCAAUAAACCUUUAAUAAGGAAGUACAAAAAUCGUAUGUGCGAAAGCUUUUAUUAUGUGCGGUGAUCUCUUAUAUUUGUUGCGUUGUUUUUAUUCACGUACAAUAUCCUGUUUUAUGCAAACUAAAAAAGUUUGCCAACUCGUGCAACGAUGUAGUUAUGCAUGCGUAAUCAAACACGUCAAUUCUCGAUGCUCAUUCCAAACCUCUCUCCUGCUUGAAGGAACAGUGACAGAUAAUCAAACAUUGCGUAGAAACUGUUCGCCACUUUCCAGAGCUUAUUUUCCCAACCAAACAAAAAAGAAGAGUACACAAAUUACACGAUAUCUUUAGAAUCAUAGAAACCAUGGUUUCAACUAAAAGAGUUGAGUAAAAUAACAAAGCAAAAACAAACUGAUCUUAGACGAAUCUCCAUAUAAAUUUACACACAACCAUUCUAAAUAUACUAUGUGUAUGGAUGGACACGAUAAUAGACUUAAUUACUUUUACCGGAGAAGGGCGGGCAAUCAGAUCAGAACUUAACUGUUAAAACUGGAGAUCAAACGUUUGCUAUCUUUUCGCCCUCCUCCGGUUAACACGUCUCAACUAUUUUCUAAUUUUAAGGCCUAUUACAAAGGAGCAAAUAUCUUUUAAUAAAACCUCCUCCCACUAACUGAAUGGAACACGAAGAUGCCAAAUUUUUACUUCAGUCAACAUUUUUCACAAACCCACUCACACACACGAACACGCACACACAACAAUAAAAGCACAUACAUACACAUGUACGAAUAACAGAUCUGAAAAUACAGUGUUGCAGUUAAAUAAGAAUCAUUCAUACUCACAAAAGUGCAAAUACAGGGUGUUAGAAAUACGAUGACACAGAUGACGAGUGAAAACGAUCGUAGGUAAAGAACAGUGAAAACCAAAAUUAAUUGAUAUAUAAUUGACAACAAGCUAAAAAAGACUCAAUAACAUAUUCAAGGAAACAUUUACAAUGCAAAUGACAUAAGAAUUUUGACAUACUGGAACACAAUAAACAUAAGUGACAUACAAACAAAACAACAACAGAAACUGUAACUGUAUCAAGGUUAAGUGUUAAUAUUAAUUAUUUAUUUAAAACAAAACCUAAUUGAAAUGAAAUGAAAAUGAAGCAAAUAAAAUGCGAAAUGCAAAAGAAAAAGAAAAAAAAAACGACAACUUUUGAACCCAUACCAAUGUGUUGAUGAGCUGUAGCCGAGUAAUAAUUUAUUUAAUUAGGAUAAAUAACAUUUGAAUAUUAUUAUAUAACUACUAUAACAAUACAUUUUAAGUAAGUAAAGAUGACGGACACGAAGCUGUUUAAAAAUAUUGUUGAUUCUUUAAAUAAAUAAUAAAUUGACUCGAAAGUAAAUGGAAACUUACGAAGGCAAAUACACAUACACAUACACAGAGACAGAUACAGACACAACAAACACAAACACACAAAUUACACAGUGAACAGCAACACUUGAAUUCUUAAUUAAACAUUAAAUUAAUUAAUUAAAUAAUAUAAAUACCAAAACCACUCCCACACAUACAGUGUAUGGAAAUGUUGAACAUCGAUACUCUGGCAGACCCACGCACAUUUGCACCCGCAACACACACCUGCAGACCCGCAAAGUGGGUGGAUGCCGAUUGUUAACAGUUUGCAAAGAGAAAGCUCAAACACUUGCAAAGAUAAUGAAGCAAAUUAAAUUGUUAAGUCGAAACCGCGAAAAUAAACCAAAUCGAAUAGAUCCAAAAGAGACGAAAAGAAAUUCCAAAAAUAUAUAAAACAAAAGUAACAUAAAAAUUAUAUAAUAAAUAUUUAUUAAAAUACACUAACACACGUAUAUAAAUAAUGACAUUAUCUAUAUAUAUGUAUAUACAUAUAUGUGUGUGUAUAUGAAAGUAAACAUAAUUAAAGCGGACAGUGAAAAUGUAAAACAUUGCAUAAUAACAAAUGAUAAUAUUAUUGAUAAAGAAAACUUAAUAAAAAAUUAGCGAAAAUAAAUUGAUUUGAAAUUAAAGAAAACAACCAAUAAUAACAAUUGAAGAAAAAAUCAA